UCAGGGAUUUUAUCUGCAUACUGUGUUCGGUUCUACCGGGGGAUACUAACGGAAUCACGACUACAGUCAUGCGUUCAUCAACAGACGAAAAAUAAACAUUGCAACGGUGUCAUUCCGUUCAUAAUAGUAAUAUUUUAUGAAAUACCGUGCGGAAUAAGCAGCUACAUUUGACAUUUUGGGAGACUGGACUACUGCACCUAAACAGCAGAUUACCACCAUGGCAGACAGUUUUAUGGGCAAGGCUGCUACCAUGGAGAUUCCUAUCAACAGCAAUGGAGAGACCCUGGACGAGGAUGACAGUUUGGAGCAGGCUGGAAAGAUUCAGUGGACCUUAGAUGAGAAGGACCUGCAGCAGGUGAUGGUGUCUGGUCCCAACCUGAAUGAGACCAGCAUCGUUUCUGGAGGCUACGGAGGACCUGCAGGGGGCAUCAUACCCACCUCCUCCAUCAAAGACCUGCGAAUGAAGUCCAGGGGACAGGGUGUAGGUCUGGUCCCCGGCCAGUCAGCAGCCAGCAGGAUAGCCAACCAGAACCAGACCGACCAGCCAUUCACAGGGUCGGGGAUGUGCCACAGUAAUAGCAACCAGAACAUGUCAGCGGAGGAGGCUAACCGUGGUGUGGCUGUGGAGAAACUAGACAGUGUUAAGAAGUGGGGCAUCAACACCUACAAGUGUACCAAGCAGAUGUUUUCGGAGCGGUUUGGCCGUGGUUCUCGGACGGUGGACCUGGAGCUGGAGGCCCAGAUUGACGUGCUCAGGGACACCAAGAGGAAAUACGAGUCUGUCCUGAGACUGACCAGCGCCCUGACCAGCCACUUCUACAACAUGGUCCAGACCCAGCAGGCCCUGGGGGACACCUUCGCGGACCUCAGCCAGAAAUCACCUGAACUACGGGAUGAGUUUGGCUACAACGCAGAGACCCAGAAGUUGUUGUGUAGGAACGGGGAGGCUCUGCUUGGAGCCAUCAACUUUUUUGUGUCCAGCAUCAAUACACUGGUCAACAAGACCAUGGAGGACACAUUGAUGACCAUCAAACUGUACGAGGCUGCAAGGCUGGAGUUUGAUGCGUACAGGGCCGACCUGGAGGAGUUGAGUCUGGGUCCUCGUGAUGCUGCCACCAUGGUGCGUAUAGAGCUGUCCCAGCAGCAGUACCAGGUGCAGAGAGACAAGUACGAACGACUGCGCUCAGACGUCACCAUCAAACUCAAGUUCCUGGAGGAGAACAAGGUGAAGGUGAUGCACAAGCAGCUGCUCCUCUUCCAUAAUGCUAUCUCAGCCUACUUCGCUGGGAACCAGCAGCAGUUGGAACAGACACUGAGACAGUUCAACGUCAAGUUAAAGCCCCCAGGGUCAGACAAGCCCUCCUGGCUGGAGGAGAGCUAGAGUGAUCAGCUCCCAGUAUUCUGGGCCCGUAUGUAUCAAGCAUCUCAGAGUACUAGUACUGAUCUAGGAUCAGUUUUGCCUUUAAGAUCAUAAUGAAUAAGAUUAUAUGGAUAGGCAGGACUUGAUCCUAGAUCAGCACUCCUACUCUGAGAUGCUUGGUACAUACAGCCCCAGGUCUCAGUCAGGUCUCUGGUAUAUAUGGGACACACAGACGGAGAGACACACUGGGGUUGGAAGAAACAAGAGGAAUGGAUGGAUGGAUAGACGGAUGAACAGAUAUAUGAAAUCUACACAAACUGUAUAUACAAACCAGAGAUGGGACAAGUAGAGACUAGUGAUGAUGAUACUAAGAGGAAAAGAACGCUUAUCUAGUUUCAUUUAGUUUUGCCAAUACAUUGCUCAUUUGUUUAUAGAAUGGCUAUUUUAUGUUGAUUUGUUGUGUUAAUAAUUAACAGAGCCUCAUUAUGUUGUUGCUAUGUAGUGUGACUUUUAAUUUAUCAUACUUUGAGAAGUUAUUCUAAGCUUAUACUUUGCACAUAAAUGUAAUCAUUAUUUUCAAACUGUUUUCGCUCUUUUGUAAAGCGUUAUGUAAAGCAUUCUAGAGGUCAUCAUUUGAAAGGUCAGUAAACAUUUUACAUAUGUAGAGGAUAUUACGAAUAGGCUAUGUAUCUGGACCAGUUACAUUGUUUGCACCUGGUGAAGAUUAGAGGUAGAUUUAUGAAUGAGCAAAGGGAGAAGCCUACAGUCGGUGGUAUACUAUUGAUGACAGAAAUUAUGGGUUAAAUGGGCAAUCCUGGAUUUGUAAAACAAAGCAGUCAAGAAUCAAUGGCUAUAUAUCAUGAAUUUAAAAGUCCAUAAAUGUAUUUGUACCAAUCCCAGAUUGCCCCUUUGUCUAUCAAUGAUUUUGAGGACAGGAAGUACAACUUUUGCGUUUACAAUAAUCUCCCUCUGAUUAAUCCUACAGAUAAUUUUAUUACACGUAUUAUUACACGUUUAUUAUGUUAUUAUGUCUUUAUAACAUAUCCAAUAUCCCAAUAAUCAAAUAGAGUUAACAUUUGUUCAUAAAAAUACCUUGACUUGGCAAUCCCAAGUGGCGCAGCGGUCACUACAGACCCGGGUUCGUUCCCAGGCUGUGUCACAACCGGCCGUGACCGGGAGUCCCAUAGGGCGGCGCACAAUUGGCCCAGAGUCUUUCUUUUGUUUUCUCUCACAUUUCUACAUCAAUGUUGUGUCUCGUUUUAUAACAGAUAUGGACCUGGUGUACAGUAUAUUAAAUGAUGAUGAUGGUGGUUUACAGUA